AUGUUAACAUGCAUAAGCUUUCACCAUCACAAUAGAGGUAGUGUGGAGAAAGGGUCCGUGAUGCGCAGCUGUCCCGCGGGCGCCGGCUGUCGGGCGCUCCGCCCUCGCUCGCUGGCUGACCCCUCGUUUCCACUCCGCUCGCCGCUCGUCGAGAAGUGCUCGCAAUACCGCGACCCCCCAUUCGAGCCACACUGUCACGUCACUUCACCACUCCAGUCGCCCGUCAGACGUCGAGCGCUGCGUACGUCCGUAACGGCAACGCUCGCAAACCGACAGCCAUGUGGUGAAGUGAAACUGUCAAACGUGAAACAAUUUCGUAUACCGGUGUUCAGUCUCAGUGGACACAAACUUUUUAACUAUUCACUUGUGUGCAUUUGUGUUUUCGAAGUGGUGCCACUGUUUUGGAAAUUUGGAUUAUACGAACGAAUAAUGGCAUUAGCCAGGUAUAAUCAGCAAACCGCGCGCUCCUCUUGGUUAAAGCUCGGGUCGGGCAGUGAGUGUGGCGGCGGAGGGUCGGGCGGCGGCGCGCCCGCUCCUCAGUCGGCGCGCGUCUCAUCGAACGGCGCCGGCGGGAUGGCGGUGAGCCGUGUGCCCAGCCCGCUGCACGACGGGAACACACCCGUCGCGGAGAACUGGUGCUUUACACAGGUCAAAGUGGUGAAAUUCAGUUACAUGUGGACAAUAAAUAAUUUUAGUUUCUGUAGAGAAGAAAUGGGUGAAGUGUUAAAAUCAUCGACUUUCUCAGCCGGUGCUAGUGAUAAAUUAAAGUGGUGUUUGCGUGUUAAUCCAAAAGGACUCGAUGAAGAGAGCAAAGACUAUUUAUCGUUAUAUUUAUUAUUAGUGUCGUGUAAUAAAUCAGAAGUGCGGGCAAAGUUCAAAUUCUCAAUAUUAAACGCGAAAAGAGAGGAAACGAAAGCGAUGGAGUCACAACGAGCAUACAGAUUCGUUCAAGGCAAAGAUUGGGGAUUCAAGAAAUUUAUCAGAAGAGACUUCUUAUUAGACGAGGCAAACGGUUUACUACCAGAGGACAAACUGACAAUAUUUUGCGAAGUGUCAGUGGUCGCAGAUAGCAUCAACAUCAGCGGGCAGAGCAAUGUGAUGCAGUUCAAAGUGCCAGAAUGCAGACUCUCCGACGAUUUAGGCGCGCUCUUCGACAAUGAGAGGUUCUCAGACGUCACGUUAGCAGUCGGAGGGAGGGAGUUCCAAGCGCAUAAAGCUAUAUUAGCAGCGCGGAGUCCAGUUUUUGCUGCGAUGUUUGAACACGAAAUGGAGGAAAGGAAAAGAAAUCGCGUGGACAUCACAGACGUUGACCACGAGGUUCUAAGAGAGAUGCUCCGGUUCAUUUACACGGGGCGCGCGCCAAAUCUAGACAAGAUGGCCGACGAUCUAUUAGCAGCCGCAGACAAGUACGCACUCGAUCGGUUAAAAGUGAUGUGCGAAGAGGCGCUAUGCCUCAGUCUGUCUGUGGAGACGGCCGCGGACACACUCAUUCUGGCAGACCUGCAUUCCGCGGACCAGCUCAAGGCACAAACCAUCGACUUCAUUAACACGAGUCACGCGACGGACGUAAUGGACACGGCGGGGUGGAAAAACAUGAUAUCGUCGCAUCCGCACCUCAUAGCGGAGGCUUUCCGAGCUCUAGCUACCCAGCAACAACAGAUACCACCCAUAGGACCACCCCGGAAACGCGUCAAACAGGCGUGAAUACAACCCUCACACUACUAUAACUAUGUAGACUUAACGCAGCUAUGAAGUUAGCGCGAAUAUAACUGCGAUAGUAGCAAUUGGGGCACCCUUCUAUACUAUGGUGUAGAUAUUAACGCAGUAUGCUAUACAGUAUAAUUACCGCCCAUAGGACCGCCCAGGAAACGGGGCAAGCAGGCAUGAAUAUACUGUAAGAAUGUGGACUUAAAACGGUUAUGAAGUUAGUGCAGGUAUAACUGUAAACGGGGCAUCCUUCUUUUACAUUGAGUGACACUAUCAUCAUCGGCAUAUUAAUUAACUCCUACCGGGAAGCAAAACAUACCUGCCUCGAUUUGUGUGGUUCUGUAUAGUUUUAUCGACGUAAGAAAGACACAACUCUAUGUUGAUUGGUCGCCUUAACGACGACUGUGCAGUUAGCGAAAGUCAUAAAACAGUAAACUGGCGGGGCUGUCCACUAAUCUGUAUCAGCGUAUAGUUGCACUCGCUACUAACUUCAUAACUACCAUAAAGUUUAGGUCGCACUGUAAAUAUCUCGCAGUAUAGCCUGGCCCUCUGCCACGUGACUACAUUCAUGUUAAUUUUAUGUAAAUAAGAAUGAACUAUCAAAAAUCACAUCACAUUAAGUUAAUAUAAACGUAGUUAUGCUGUAAUAGGGCAGAAUUGCAGCUCCAUAGAAAGCGGAAUGAUCUCGGCAGGCCUAUUAUCUAAAUUGCAACUGAUUUGCGAGACAAAAAAUAGUCAUUCAAAAUUACUCAAAAAGUUUUAAAAAGUGAGCAAAUACAAUACUCCACUGUUAUUGUUUUAUAGGUCAUAUUUUAUACAGUAAACCAAAUAAUUGUUUCAGUCGCGUUGCAGUCGCAAGUCAACAAUUUCUUAUUUAUUAGGUUUUGUGACCAUAUUCGAAAGAGCUUCAAAUCGAAUUUAUGGCCGAGAUCUACAUCAUCUUUCUAUAUAGUUGCACUUCUGGUUGGUAUUCUGUGACACCAUCCUCGCCUCAGGCCCCACAUACCAAAGAUGUACCUAUACAACUCCACAUUAAACAAAACAUAAAUAUACAACAAACUCGACAAAUUCAAAGUUCAUUCGCGUUCACUCUGAGAGCGACGUGAUGGAAUCACCAUAAUUUAGAUAAAAUAUAUACGAUUUGAUCCCCACAAACUACAGUACUCAAAAUGUUAUAAUAGAACAUCAUUAGACCUUAUAAAUAGCCGUGAGGUCAAAUAGUUUUGUUUCAUUCUACUUUCUUGGACAGAUUUAUAGAUUAUAAUCAACUUUAUGUAAAAUAAAUAAGCCCUACAAGAAGCCAAUUUAAAUCAUUUUAACCAAAAAUUGCUAUAAAGUGACAUAAAUCCUUAGUGUCUGUACAUGACUAGUAAAUUAAAGAAAACAUCAACAUCAAAAUAUUUUUAUAACCGUCUAUAUGAAAUUCGCGUGCAAUAGUUUAAUAGAUUGACAACCGUCUUUUUACAAUAUAAGAGGUUGACCUCACGACUAUUUUACAAUUAGCAAUGUUAACAUAUGAAGAAGAACCCUAAUUCUAUGCCGCUUGAAAGUCUUCCUGCAGUGUUGCCACUAUUGUAAAUUACCAAUGAUAAAGAGUACUGGACUGAUUAACUCGUAAACGGCUAAUUAAAACCAAUUUGUAUUAAUGUGUACAUAAGUGAAAAAUCACGAAGUUUGCGAAGGUUAAGAUUCGAAAUUGGGAAAUUGGUGAAACUACUUUCGUGUCGCUAGUUUUGCAGUGUGAGUUCUCUCGCAUUGGAGUUUGGAUUGAACGGUCGAGUACCCUAUGUUAUCGGCUGAGGCGUGAAAUGCUGGCAGUACUAUAUCGCUUUUCGUAUUUGUUUAACUAAAUUUGUAAGCAGUCUCUCCUUUUCAUUGAAAUCAAAUUCCUUCUUUAAAGGGCGGGCGUGAGGAUAUACUGCUGUCAAAUUUGUUUCAAUAUUUGAAUGCGAAUAGCUAGUGCUAGCUUAGUGGAGACGGACUAUAGAGGUGUGAGGGCGGCAAAUGGUAUCGUGCGUCGCUGACUGUUAGCCGGUGGAAGUGUACAGUAGUAGUCAGUCGUGAAUCCCCAGAUUCACUGCUUCGUUCACUAUGAUUGAUCUCAAGACGAUAUUCGAUCCUAAUGUUUUCUCUCGCGGUCGUUUAGUGUGCCGCUUUUAAAGUUAUGUAUGUACGGUGUGACGUUGGACGCUUUUUGCGCGUUGCAGUUCCGGACAGUAGGCUUCGUUUUUAACUAUAUUAUAAUUAUCUUAUUUUAUGUCGUUUCUGUGGAUGUUUAUUAUUAUUGUAAUAUUUUUUCUCUUGCAGUUGUGUUAAUGUACAUUUUACUAAGUAUGAUGAUGAAUAAAAAGUCGUAUAUGUCAUAUAAAAGUUAAUCGUACGGUUGUAAAGCUCGUUGAUUGACUAACUCACUAUCGUAAAUAAUAAAAAAGUGAUUCCCAAACGGGGAAGUGUAAUUAUUUAAAUUUUAUUGUAUAUUAUUAUUAUUAAGAGUGCUGAGUUAGCAUUCUAAUAAAACUUGAUGUUUCUCCAUAGAAAUCGGUCAAUAAAACACGAGCGAAACUUGUUAGGAGUUUAAAAGUAGCACUUUUGAACAUAUUUUGAAGUAGUAUGGUAAUUGAAUGCAAUAAAUCUGUGUAAAGUUUGCAACACAGUGUUGUACACACAUUGCUGCCGGAUUAGUUUUAUGUAUGUUAAUUGUAAAAUAGUUGACUGUAAACAAUAUCCGACAUGUUGUGUACAACACCGUACUACGCUUAGAAGAUGUAGGUGACUCGAGUGAUUGUAAUAAGUCUAUUGAACUUGUUGGUAUUGUAUAUAGAUGAGCUACGAUCCCACCAUAAAAUAUUUCUAAGUACUAACGUAAGCGGUAUCACAAUUGACACCAUUCGAUUUUAUUGUAUUUGUAGAAUGUAAUUCCAAUGGCAUAUUGUGAUUUUUCUUAUAAAUUUCCAUAGUUUUAACUCACAUGCUUUUUGUUUUGUUAUUCGUAAGUAGGUGUCACUUCAGUUAUUUAAAAUUAAAAUGUAUUGUUGUUGAUUUCGCUUUAUCAAUUUGUACAUUGCGUGUCACAUAAUGUCGAUUUUCUAUUCGCCCUUCGAUUUUGCUCACUUUCUAAAGAACUUUAUUUUAAAUAAACUACUAAAUUAUUGUUUUCCUAUUUAUCUAUUCUUUUUAAUUUCAAUUUUCUUGAAUGAAAAUGGGAGGAAGUUUUCUUGUAUUACCGAAAUAUAUGAAUGUUUUAUUGAUACCCAUUUGUAGGUAUUUAAUGAAUACCAAUAUUAGUUAUAUACUGUGGCCAAUAAAUAAUAUUUAAUACCAUUUUAUACCCACUUCCCAUUUACAUAGAUGACAGCGGUUUUUGUGUAAUUAUAAUAAUGACACAACAUUUGUCAAAAAUAACUGUGAUUUUCGAAAUUGUCAGUAAGUUGAGCAAAUAAAUGAAAUGAUGUAUUAUAAAAC